CGUCUUCGUCAUCCUCGUGCACCCCAAGGUUCCAAGCUCCCAAGUCGUCCCAGUGCGGGGCACAUCGGGUCACUUCAACAUCUCCUAGCUUCAGCCUUACCCAAAGACAUAAGCUUUGGCAUCACUCAUCACGCCUGCCUCUCAUCCGUCUCGAUCUCUACUCUAAUUCUCUCAUACCCUGCUAGCCAUAGCAGCUUAUCUGAAGCCAUGGCGUCCGGAGACACCCGCCCACCGGGCAAACAGGGAGAAUGGUACCUGGGCGACCCCUCAGAACUCAGGGAACAGCUCGAUGACUUUCUCUCCGAUGUGCCCGAUCAGAUUGAGGACAAUGGCCUGCCGGUACCUGGUGCUCGAGUUAUCAUUGCUCCCCAUGCCGGCUACACAUACUCAGGUGCUACGGCAGCCUGGGCCUACAAGGCUCUCGAUCUCAGCAAAGCCAAGCGCGUGUUCCUCCUCGGGCCCUCACAUACGUUCUACCUAGCAGGCUGCGCCGUCAGCGAAUAUCAGAACUACGGAACACCAUGGGGAGAUCUCAAGGUGGACGAGAAAGUCACAGCCCGCCUUCUCGACGAGUUCGAAAUGCCCGGGAUCCCGAGAUCCAACGAUAAAAAGGAGCACUCGCUAGAAAUGCAUCUGCCGUACCUCUGGAUCCGGCUGGAGCAGACAUUCGGUUCACCCGAGAACUUCCCGCCCGUCGUACCGAUCCUGAUCGGCGAUAACAACAAGGCCGAGGAGAAGGAAGUAGGCAAGUGGCUCGCCGAGUAUAUCAAGGACCCAGAAAAUGCGUUCAUUGUCAGCUCCGAUUUCUGUCACUGGGGUGGACACUUUGACUACACAAUCUACUGCCCAGAUGGGACUCUCGAUAGUAGGGAAAGGCUCUACGAGUAUGGCCCCAAGCCUGACGGGCUGCCCAUCCACGAGACAAUCAAGAUGGUGGAUGACCUGGCUAUCGAGGCCAUCAAGACGGGAAAGCACAGCAGUUUCUACGACAACCUCAAGCAGACCAAGAACACGGUGUGCGGAAGACACCCGAUCGGAGUGACAAUGGCGGCGCUCGAGGAGCUCGGCGACCAUCGGUUCACGUUCAUCCAGUACCAGCGUAGCACCUUGGUGACACGCCCGAGGGACUCCAGUGUGAGCUAUGUUUCCGCCUACGCAGUCGUAUGAAAGCAGAAAGGAAUUCACAGCGUUCGUAAUGAAGGGAGGAUAAGGAAAGCGGAGGAGACAUUUUCUGUAUCAAUUGCAUGGCAGCCGGGCGAAGGCUGGGAGAGUUCGGGCGUGACAAGAGGAGUUUUGAUGGCUUAGACACGAGUUUCACAUCUUUUCCCAAAGCAGAGGGAAAGAUACUAAGCAAAGAAGCUUCUUCAGCUUCUGGUAGCUCUAGAAUGGAGAUCAUUGACGACACCGUCCCAAGUGCCGGAGGUCAAAGACACGAGCCAAGAAGCAGGUGACCAGAUGGCUUCAAUGCUGGAUGAGUAAUGCUCGGCGGAGGGGGAACAACACAGCAGUAUGCAUAAAUCCUCAAGGUCUGAUGUUGCUGACGAGCGAGCCACGACUUAACGGGCCUGUUGCGAACGAAAGCAUG